AAAUAAAGAUAAACAGAACAUUUUCCUUUUUAUCAAUCGAUUAUAGGGUUGUAAUAACGAAUUAUGAAGCUCCACACUGUUGCUCCUCCUUUGUAUCAACCCAUCCACCAAUCACAAACGCAAACAACAGUAGAUUAUUAUUCUCUCUAAAAGUAUAAACCCUCGAAAAACCCUCGCCCUGUUGCCUUGUUUCCGACUCUGUUUGGGAAAAAUGGCUUGGCGUUCAGGAUCGCUGUCUCGGUCGUUGCUCACGACCGCUAAGUCAUCGUCUCGCAGUUCAUCUCCGCCUCUCCCCCGUCUUCGCCCGCCGCCUCUAGCCCCUCCAAGCGUCCAGUCCCGCCACCUCUCGUUCGCUAGUCCUGCUCCCAGGAACUUGGGAGAACUAGGAUGUACGCAGUCACUUCUACCGCUUGGCAACGUGUUGGCUACAACCCGCCUCACAUCUCACCUUUCUGUCAAUGUGCGGGCUUUUUGUGAGCUGUCCCAUGGUACCUUCCGACGUACUUGUCAGGAUCGCUAGUAGUCUCUUUCUUUUCAAUCGUGUUACAGUAACACUUUGGAGUACCUAAUUUUAUAUGUUUUUCCUAGCUCUUAUGAGACAUGGCGCCAUGUAUUAAACAUUGCCAUGUUAUGUAAUUUUCAUUUUGGUGACCUCUUGGAAAGUCCUCGUGUUGCACCCCUCGUUUACCUAUCAAAAAAUGUAAUUUUUAUUUCAGAAACAUACUGAUAUGUGAUUGUUGCCAAGAGCAUCAUUUGUAGUGUUCUGGCGUAAAAUUCAGGGAAAUGGUAACUCUACUGCUGUCUGUCUUAGAAAUUAGUACCUGUUUAGCUGAAUUCCAAGCUAUGUCCUGUUCAAAUACAUAAUCAUAGCAAAUUUCCUGUUGUUUCUUCCAGCAUGGUCAGGACUUAAAAGAAUUACAAAAGAAUGUGGAUUUUGCAAUAAGAAAGAAGUCGCAACACGUUCCUUUAAGCCUUGACAAUAAUAAUUUUGGAUGUGUGGUUUAUAGUCUUCCAUGUCUUCACAAGUUUUGAAGAGUUUUGAUGUUUUCUCGUUUGGAAUUUGGUAUGUGUGCUAUUUCUUUCACUCCAUUCGCUUAAAUGCCUUUUUUGCAACCAGCGUUUUUGUAUGUUAGUGUGUUUCAAUUUCUAUACUGGGGGGAAUACUCUGUCAUGGUUAUUUUUGUGGUUUCUCAUUCCAUCACUAAUCAUUGUUUGUUUGGGAAACAUUAUCGGGUAUCUUGGGAGUUGCCAUGAUUAUGGAAUUGUUUACGCAUGCUAAGUUCCUUUCC